AUGGAUGAUCUGCUAAGACGGAUGGAACAGUAUGCCAAUAACUUGGAAGCCUUGGUGGAGGAAAAGACUGCACAGCUGAGUCAGGAAAAGCGCCGCUCUGAGGAACUCCUCUACCAGGUGUUACCCAGGCCUGUAGCUCAUCAGCUGAUGGCAGGGGAAAUGGUUCAACCAGAGCAGUUUGAGAGUGUGACAGUGUACUUCAGUGAUAUUGUUGGAUUCACAGCUCUUUGUGCUCAGAGCACACCAAUGCAGGUUGUAAACUUCCUCAAUGAUUUAUACAGCACUUUUGACAGAAUAAUUGGGUUUUAUGAUGUAUACAAGGUGGAAACAAUUGGUGAUGCUUAUAUGGUGGUGUCUGGAUUACCCCAAAGGAAUGGAGAUGAUCAUGCUCGAGAGAUUUCACUCAUGGCCCUAGCAAUUCUUGGCGCUGUUAACUCAUUUACAAUUAAACACAAACCAGAAGCACAACUCAGAAUACGAAUUGGGAUUCACUCAGGACCUGUGUGUGCGGGAGUUGUUGGACAGAAGAUGCCUCACUUUUGUCUGUUUGGGGACACAGUAAACACUGCUUCAAGAAUGGAAUCCACUGGCCAGCCUCUAAGAAUCCAUGUGAGUGAUGAUGCUCGCCAAAUUCUGGACAAGUUUGGGACAUUCCAGCUAGAGCUUCGAGGAGAAGUAGAGCUUAAGGGUAAGGGCUGCUUCACAACAUAUUGGCUGCUGGGUUGCAGCAGAGGACUUGUGAGGAACCAAUUCUCAGUGCAAGGUGAUAUACCAAAAUUUGUGGAUUCAUCAAAGUCCCAUUUCCUGGCUGCUGCAUUCUUUAGAUCUGACCUGCCUUUGAUUUCUUCUUCUGGGGCUAUAGCAAGGGCCACUGCCAGCAGUGUUGGAAAAAGUAAAGAAUACAAAGUACUGUUCGGGAUGUGGUCAGUGAGCUAUAAUGGGGUGUCUGGCUCACAGGGUUCAAUGGCUGUUUAG